AUGUCCAAAGGCGGUGGACGUAUUAUUGCAGAGAUGCCCGAAGGCGGCGAACGUUUUAAUGCAGAGAAGAUGUCGGAAGGUAUCAUUGCAGAGAAGAGACAAUUGAGCCCUCAUCAAGCUGCCGCAGAAGAUGAGGCGGUUGCCAAGAGACCAUCCAUUGGAGGACUACUCGAUCAGCCUCUCGCCACUAGAUUUCUCAACGAUCCAAUCAUUGACGGUUUGUGCAAUCGUUUGGCUGAAAUUCAACCGGUCGUUAAGACGGCACAACAGCUCUUGGAGGCACUCCGAGGUUCUAAAGUACUAGCGGAUGGCACUCUCAAUUAUGAUGCACUCAAACAUUUUGCUCUGGUGUUGAAAACUUGGAGAAAUAGACAUUUUAGGACUGGGAUCUGUGAAAUAAUUGCCAAACCGAAAUGUGUUUUGCCUGCCGUCAUAGAAGAACUUUCUAAUGGAGUUACAUCAGAAAAAAUCGAAGAACGGAUGUGUCGUAUCAAAGAAGAUCAGAACUUGAGACACAUUCUGGAAGUUGCAAACACACCUGGUGCAGCAGCUACAAUGAUAAGGGGACUCUUAGCCGUUAUAAUCAGUUAUUGGAGUUAUAAAGAGCUACCUACAAAGUUGAAAUCUGGUGAAGAAAUAUCUGUCGCUGUAGAAGAUGAAUGUGAUGCAGUUGAAGACCAAACUGACAAUGUCAGUGUUGAGUUUGAUGAGAAACUUCAACUGGAAAGAGAGGAGCAUGGCGAGUGGUUGAUGGAGUAUGGCAGCCCUGUUCAGAUACUUUACGAAGAACCAGCCAUUGAAGAGUUGGCUGAAGACUUGAUGAAAGAUCCGCGCCUUUCUGAAAAAGCACUAGAAUGUAUGGGGUUCCUUCUCAAAUACGAUCCCAGAGAUGUCGACACCUUAAACUUCGCAAAACAACAUUAUGAUGUAGCUCACGAAGUUCUUGAGGAUUCCCAUUUUAUUCAUCUGCUUUUUGAGAGAAUUAAGAGGGACACUGAAGCUCGUACUUUUGUAUCCCGAUCUGGCGAACGAGUAAAGGUUCAGACAGAGGAUUUCAUAGCUACAAUUAAUGACAUCAGGGGAGAUCCUGGGCUACAAUAUUAUGGGGAACAUAUUAAUAAUAAUGAAGUUGGUCCUGCUCUCAGGGUUUUUUUAAGCAUUGUUAUCUUGCACUGGUUGCACAAAGAUGUGUAUGAGAAGGUGUCUCAGAAAUGGAAAGAAUAUAGUCUAGCACAAUUGAAACCAAUAAUUGAUAGGAGGACUGCUGCUGCUAAGGCCAACGACAACAUAAGUGCCUUCCUUCAGUAUUACACUAGAUUUGCCGGUGAUUUUAAGGAUAUGAAGGCAGCCUUGGAAAGGCUCUAUGAUGGCAAACCUUACGGACAUGCUUUUGCCGAGCUUAAAAUAUCGCAAUAUGAAUUGGAGAUUGAUUUCAGAGAGGAGCAGUACGAUGUUGAGAUGGAGAGGGUGGAGGCCCAAAUGUCCAAGGGCGAGUGUGACGGCCCGCUCGCUGGUUGCGGAUUCCCGGCAGAGAAGACACCAGCCCCAUCACAAUCACAGGAAAAGCUGAGAGGAGGUGAGACGAGCGCCGGCCCCACCACGACACUUAGCUGCUGA